CAACUAUUUAUAGGCUCUCGAUUAUGGUCGUCGCUAAUUGAUAACGUAAUCGCCUUAUACGAAACGCUUUUUCCGGACGAGCUUCAUGUCUUGAGGAGAGGAAUUUACUGGUCUAAGGGAAUUCACGCGGGAAAAGUCGAGCGUGAGUGACUGAUCGCGAGUGACGAUCGUGCGAGUGACUGUGUCGCGUGCAAGGGCAACCGCAAAUUUCGUUAAGUACUACAAAGUCUACUUGGAAGAAUCGUCCAAUCUCCUACAUUUAAGUUGGAGAACGGAAAAGUCAGUCGUUCUCGUCAGCUCACCGGAGACAUUAGACAGCAAAGGUUCGCGCAGCCGCUCUCCCACUUUUUGCGAUCGAAACCAAUGCACCAGCAGAUUUAUCAAUCAUCGACACACAAGCUAUCCGUUUGUCAUUCGUCGUGAUAUGCCAUUGUGAUCGAGAGAAUUUAUUCUUCAAGCGCGCUGCAUAAUUAUAGCUAAUAUUAAGCGUAAACGCAUGCACCAUCCAACUCGAGGACGAUCAACGAUUUAAAUAGCCACAGUAGUCCAGCAAAAUAUCUGAAUAAAUUUUCCGAUUGCGAACGAGAUGGCGAGCGUGGACAAAGAUCUCGAAGAGCUUAUGUCUCACCUGGGUGAAUUCGGUAAAUAUCAAUUCCGGCAGCAUUGCCUUCACUUAUUCGCCGCUCUUACGGCCGGUGUGCACAUGCUGUCUCUACUGACAGUCGCGGCGGUACCAGGGCAUCAUUGCAACAUCCCUAAAACGAACGAGUCGUUGACCAAGGAGCUGUUCAAUUUUACUACUCACAAUUGGAACAACUCGGGCGUGCCUCUUCCACGUCAUCUCGAUAGCUGUCACUAUCUGGAUCACGACAACAUCAUCCGGGAAUGCGACUCGUGGACCUAUGACACAACAUACUUUCAGUCGUCACGCGGCAUGGAAUGGAACUUCGUUUGCUCGCGACGUUGGAUGAGCGCCGCGGCGCAAUCCUCGUAUAUGUUCGGCGUGUUUGUGGGUGCGGUCACUCUCGGUAGCAUGGCAGACAAGUAUGGCAGGAAGAUCAUAUUUUACGUGUCUGCCGUGGCGCAAUUAGUGCUUGGAGUAUUAGUUGCCCUAGUGAACAACUACUAUAUCUUUCUGACAAUACGCUUUCUAUAUGGUAUUUUUGGUUCCGCCGGCGCGUACAUCACAGGAUUCGUACUGACGAUGGAACUAGUGGGUUCGUCCAGAAGAACUGUGUGUGGCGUGUUGUUCCAAUUAAUCUUUGCUGCGGGUUUUGUAUUGGUGGCUGCAUGGGGCAUUGUACUCAAGGAUCGUAUGUGGCUCCAAAUCGUGUAUGGUUUGCACAGCGUAAUUCUGCUUGGCCACUGGUGGCUGAUGGACGAAUCGCCUAGAUGGCUGUGGGCACACAAUCGUGCUGCUGAGGCGAUCAUCAUCGUACAGAAAGGCUUAAAGGUGAACGGCAGCGACAUCCACGUGAACGCCGCCAAGCUGAUCGGUAAAUCGAAAGUACAGCAGGAGACCAAGGAGGAAAAAUCACAUGGUGCGUUGGAUCUUUUCCGAACACCAAAUCUCCGCAGAAAGAGUCUAAACAUUUGUCUCAAUUGGUUUGCAAAUUCGAUCGCUUAUUAUGGAUUGACGCUCAAUAUGGGUAGUCUCGUCGGCAAUCCGUAUCUCAUGUUGUUCCUCAGUGGCGUGCUGGAGAUACCGGCGUACAUUUUAAUAAUAUUCACCAUGGAUCGCCUUGGCAGAAGAUGUCUAAUCAGUUCGUUCAUGAUGAUAGCCGGCGUGUGCUGCAUCUGCGCCGCCAUCAUCACCGGCACGACUGGCGACCUAGUGGCCAUGGCCACGGUCACGAUAGUGCUCGUAGGUAAGUGCUGUAUAGCCGGUUCGUUCGCCGUGGUGUAUAAUUACACAGCCGAGCUGUUCCCCACGGUGGUGAGAAAUACGGCGCUCGGUAUUGGUUCCAUGUGUGCACGUCUCAGCGGCUCUCUCACGCCGAUGAUCUUUCUGCUGGACACACUGGACCCACGAGUACCAGCCGCACUCUUUGGCUUUGUCGCCCUGGUGGCGGGCUUCUUGGCGCUCUAUCUACCCGAAACGCUAAACCAACCGAUGCCGGAAUCUAUCGAGGACGGCGAGAACUUUGGUAUAGGUGAUACCUGUUUCACCACCUGCAUAGGCGGAAGCGCGAAAGUUGCCAUGAACGAAGUCACGAUGGACAAAAUAUCCGAGAAAGACGAAAAGGAGAAAUUGAAUGAUAUAUAAACGAUUAUAUCGCCUUAGAAAAUUCACCAAGUGCUUUGAAUUCAACUAAUACUUAGUUGUAACAUGUUGAAAUAAAAAACAGAUACACUUUGGUUUCGAAGUCAUGAAGUUCUUGCGUAGAUAUGCUGGUAGAUGUGUUGGAGUAUCAAAGAUAUUCAGAGUUAGAAAUACUUAUUCUUGAAAAUUAGAAUUCAGCUAAAUAAUA